AUGGAAUCUCGUGAGGAACUGAACUCUCGUCUUCGUCGGGAGCUGCAUGAUGGUUUGUGUGAGGCUGAGCGUAUUACUGAACUAGUGAAAGAUAGAGACUUCGUUGUUGAAGCUAGAAAAUCUCUUUCGAAAAUAAAAUCUGUUACCGACACACAAACAAGAAAAAAGCUAAACUCCAAGGAUACUGAAACCGUGAACGAUACGUCCAAUUCUCCCCACAAAGCAUCCUUGAAACCCAAAGAAAACAAGAUAAAACGUAGCAGGCGAACAUCGGACACAUCCUCAAACACUUUGAAGUUGAAGAAAUCGCGUACGAGUGAGGCUGAAAACGCCGUACCAAUGGAAGAAAUUCCAAUGUAUAUAACAGAUAGUGAGACCGAUGGCGAAGAAAUGCACUUACCAGAACCAAAUGUGCAACUUAAACAGUCAUCUCAAUUUAAUAUCGACGUUAAUGUGCAUUGCCAUAGUGACUUUUUCACACAGUGUUGCUUGUGUAAUCACCAUGGAGAUGAUAUGGUGCGGCACUAUGUGUAUAGCCAUCCAACUAAGACUGUUUUUAUAAGUCGAUUUACCCCUGCUCAAGCGGAUUUAAUAAGGAAGGAUCCAUAUGGCAUUAGUGGCCGAAGAGUUAUUUCACGAUUUGGUGAUAAGGAAGCGAUAAGUUUUCGUUGUUAUUUUUGUAAUUGGCAAAUAUGUGAAACUGUGGAUAAAUGGAUACAUCAUAUUUCAACUCACACCGGAGAAUAUCGAUACAAGUGCAGGUCAUGCCCGACGGUUGCACUUAACCCUUAUGACAAUAUAUCGCAUCAUAAGCAUUGCUACGACCCAUCGAUAGUCAUAUGGAACAAUUUUUCUUUUGACGAAAACCAUUUGUACGCAUACAUGUGUGAUAUGUGUAACUUCGUGCAAGUUCACUAUCUGAGCAUGCAAAAUCAUAUCAAAUUGGACCAUCAAAGCAUUGUUCAAGAAAUCACUUUUAUCCGCUUUAGUUUAGUUAAUUUUGGUAUCCACAACACCAAUGAUGAGAGCAGCAUAAAAUUGGAACCAAUUUUCGACGACUGUACCGUUCCUACUAUAAGAGAAAUAAUUGAAAAUCAAGUGGAUUCUUCCUGUUCUGAACAAACUACAAUGAUAAUAAAAUUAGAACCAGACGAACAAUUAUCUGUGGACAACGAAACAGUUUCAACCCGCGUAAACCAGCAAUGCCAUGAUAAAAUAAUGUUUGAGGCUGAAUCAGUAAAUGAUGUGAUCGAAAUGCCAAUCUCGAAUCAAAACGUUAGCGAUCGCGCAACGGCACCACCAUUAGCGAGAUGUAUUCCUACUACUGCUAACCAAUCACUGCCUCGUCCAGCUAACGGUUUUAUAAAACUGCGCAAGAAUAAUAAUUUAACUUCAUCAUUGCCAGCGACAGUAUUUAACAGUAUUUCUUCGUCCGUUUUACACGAAAAAAGAAGGGAAAAUUUCCAUGCCACUCAUGUGCCAAAUGUUUCAGACAUUCCUGCAGUAAUCUCAACAACAUCAUACACGCAAUCUAAUAUGAUAUCCAUGAAACCUUGGAUAAGUCUACAUAAGAGACUUGAUAGCAUCAAAUUAACACAACAAUUUUUGUUAUCGUUCUUCAAAUGUUACGGUUUUAACUGUGGGUUUCACUCUGAUGAUGCCGAGGCAAUGAGAAUACAUCUAGGAGACCACCAUAACAUUUGUAAGUUACGAAAGGGUAACUACACCUGGUUACAAUGUUGCUACUGUAAUUAUGAAGGAUCCAGUAUCAAGAAGUUAUUGGAACACAUAGAAUCAAAACACCAGUUCUGUGCCUUUCAAUGCAAUCGUUGCUUCUAUCGGAGCCGAGAUUGUAAUAGUGUAUUUAUCCAUCAAAAUUAUCAUCAUAGAGAAAACGAGGCGAAAAAUAGAGUGUUAUGUUUGUCGUCGCAAUGCAAAGAAUUCAAUUUAAUUGAUCAGGACAGAAUCAUUAUCAAAAUGAACGACACGGUGAAAUCGCUAAAUUGUUCAAUAUGUUCAAAAAGAAACAUUUUUGAUCUCAAAGUUUAUCGUAGUCAUAUGGAAUCGCAUAAAUAUCAUUUCGUUGUAUGCCACAUUUGUGGUGAAAUGAUUAUAUCAAACAGCAUGAUGGAGCAUAUCAAAUCGCACAAUAUUGAUCUGUAUCAAUGUGUUUACUGCGUUUUUGGAACUGACAAAAUGUGGUUAGUUUACAAGCAUGUAGUGGAUGCGCAUCCUCAUAAAAUGCUUUGCUAUCACGUACGAGGAGCACGGUGUCCGAAUCCUUCGGCUCCAUUUGUGAGAGUACAAAGUGCUAUAAUACCGGAACGUUUAUUACACUUUUAGAAUGAUAAUCUCUUUAGACAAAAG